UUUGAAUAUUGUCUUGUUUGCAUAUAACUAGCUCAACUUUUCGCCUUUCUUUGUGUCUCAGAUCCACGAUAAACAACCAAGUCCAAAUCAGAAUCCAGCAAACAACAAGCCAACAGAAAUAAGUCUAAACGCAGGAACUACUCACAUCAAGCUUCCCGUUUUCAUAAGACAUUAUUGACGCAGGCGCAACUCACUUAUAAGUUAAUCGCUUCCGCUUCCGCAUCCGCAUCCAGUAAAAGGAAGCAGCUCGACUACCCACUUUCCCAUUGCGUUCCAACGGACUUGUGAGACCUUCAACUCUUUCUCACCAUCGAAUUUUCUAUCCAACCUCUCCUUCUUUCUUUUCAGAUUCUUUUACGCCCUCUUUUCCGACAGCCUCGAUAUUCAUCUCUCCUUUCGGCCUGUUUACUCUCCAUCGGAAUACGUCACUCCGCAGACGAGAGUUGAGUCUAGUCCCAGGUGGCUUAGAACUAGCAACGCGCCCUUGUUGUGUCUCUAAAUACAUGCGCAACAACCGGCAAGCCACCUCUUGAUUGUUCUUGCUCCUCUUCAAAGCUCCGAGAGGACGUUGAAGUGACGGUAUUCCCAAUCUGAGAUAACGGCAACGAUGGCGGGAUCAAACGACUUGGAGGCCAACGGCGCCUCACCUCGAUACGAGGGGGUCGACAGUGGUUUCAUAGAAAAGGCUCCUACACAACGAUCGGCUUCAAGGACACACGCUUCUGUCUACAUUUUAACAUGGAUCUUCUUUUCCAACGCAACUAUUCUCUUCAACAAGUGGCUCAUUGACACUGCUGGAUUUCGAUAUCCCAUCAUUCUCACCACAUGGCAUCUCGUCUUUGCAACGAUAGCAACACAACUUCUCGCUCGAACGACUACUCUUCUCGAUUCUCGCCAUGCUCUUCCUUUGUCUCGACGACUUUAUGUGCGGACGAUCCUCCCUAUUGGCGUCCUCUACUCGGCAUCGCUCGUGUUUUCCAACAUCGUCUACCUCUAUCUGUCGGUCUCUUUCAUCCAAAUGCUCAAGGCUACCGGCCCGGUCUUCACACUUAUCGCUUCAUGGGCAUGGGGGGUUGCUCAACCUGACGCCAAGACCUUUGGCAAUAUCAUGAUCAUCGUAGUUGGUGUCGCCAUUGCUAGCUUUGGUGAAAUCGAGUUUUCCGUGUGGGGUUUCAUCUUCCAGAUGUGUGGUACCAUUGCCGAAGCUGUGCGCGUUGUCAUGAUUCAAGUCAUGCUCAGUGCCGAGGGUCUCCGUAUGGAUCCCCUUGUCGGUCUCUACUACUACGCGCCUGUCUGUACCCUCAUGAACCUAGUUGUCGUCUUGUUCAGUGAAGGUCCUCGGUUCAAGUGGGAGGAUGCAGCCACCGCAGGCUAUGGCAUGCUCUUCGCCAACGCUUUUCUUGCGUUCAUCCUGAAUGUUAUCAGCGUCGUCCUUAUUGGUAAGACUUCAGGACUCGUCAUGACUCUCAGUGGUAUUCUUAAGAGCAUUCUCCUCGUGGCAGCGUCUGUUGUUAUCUGGAGUACUCAUAUCAGUCUUCUCCAAACACUCGGAUACUCGAUUGCUCUCAUGGGUCUCGUUUUGUAUUCGGUGGGUUACGAGCAGCUACUUGACGCAUGGGAUGGACUCGUCGCCUGGGGUACGGGUGUAAACCGUGAAGGAGAAAUGUCUCCCGCAUUGCGCAAGGCGAUUAUGGUCGGUUGCUUAGGUUUCAUCACCGUGAUCAUUACCGGAGCAUUGUGGCAUUACCACGGCCUCUCUGGCACCCAAGUGGCGCGAGCGACAACAUCUUGGCUCGGCCAUUAA